AUUAGUGAUUGCAUUGAGUCUAGAAGUACAAUGAGUAUCUGAUUAGGCUAGAAAAGUGGCAGAGAGCAUCCCAGGCAGAGGGAACAGCACGUACAAAGGCCCACAGGUGGGAAACAGCUUUGGGGGAACUCUAGUGGGCUGAAUAGUGGUCCCCCAAAAGAUAUGUUCGCAUCCUCAUCACUUGAACCUAUGAAUGUGACAUUUGGAAAAACAGUCUUUUCAGAUGUAAUUCAGUUAAGGAUCCUGAGAGAAGAUCAUCCUGGGUUAUCCAAGUGGGACCUAAAUCUAAUGACAGGUGUCCUUACAAGAGACAGAAGGGGAGAAGACACAAGAGGACAAAGCCAAGAGGCAGAGGUGGAAAUCAGUGUCUAGCCUGCUCCCCUUUCCUGGAGGUUGGAGGUGGGAGGUCCACAAGUUAGGAUAUCCUAUGUCUUAAAGCCCAACCCCUUUAAUCUUGCGUUGGUCUUUCUUGCCUGCCCAACCCCCAUCCUGAGUCACCUCAUUAGCAUAAACUCAGGUGAUUUCAGGGGGCCCCUCAGGAAUAACAAAGACACUCCUAUCACUUAUCUGGGAAAGUCUGAGGACUUCAGAGGUGGUCUCCUAGGAACCAGAGACAAAGACCAGACAUGUUCUCUUUUAAACUACAAUAAUGAAGAAGGAAAGAGGCCAGGAUCCAUUUAUUCAUUCAACAAAGAUUGAUUGAACACCUGCUCUGAGCCAAGCACAGUUCUAGGUGCUGGAGAUCCAGCAGAAUAAACAGACGCCCACCGUGGUUCUCCUGGAGCUGACGUCCCCGUGGGGAAAACUGACAAUGAAGAAGAUCUGGCCACAGGCAUGAGGGGCCCCCGGCCGAGAUGACAGUGCUGCUGCCAGCCUGGAACCCAACAACCUCCCUGCUGCUGCUGCUGCUGCUGCUCAGCCCCUGCCUUCGUGGAACCCCCGACUGCUCCUUCGACUACAGCCCCAUCUCUUCCACCUUCGCCGACUCCAUCCGCAAGCUGUCUGACUACCUGCUUCAAGAUUAUCCCGUCACUGUUGCCUCCAACCUGCAGGAGAAUGAGUUCUGUGGGGCCUUCUGGCGCCUAGUCCUGGCCCAGCGCUGGAUGGGACGGCUCAAGACUGUGGCUGGGUCCCAGAUGGAAAACCUGCUGGAGGCUGUCAACACCGAGAUACACUUUGUCACCUUAUGUGCCUUCCAGCCCCUCCCCAGCUGUCUUCGCUUCGUCCAGACCAACAUCUCCCACCUCCUGCAGGACACCUCCAAGCAGCUGGUGGCCUUGAAGCCCUUGAUCACAAGCCGGAAUUACUCCAGGUGCCUGGAGUUGCAGUGUCAGCCGGACUCCUCCACCCUGUUGCCCCCAAGGAGUCCUUGGGCCUUGGAGGCCACAGUUCUGCCGGCCCCUCAGGCCCCUGUGCUGCUCCUUGUGCUGCUGCUGCCCGCGGCCCUCCUGUUGCUGGCUGCUGCCUGGUGCCUGCACUGGCGAAGGAGGAAGUGGAGAAUGCUUCGCCCUGGGGAGCAGAGGAGGACAUUGAGGCCCAGAGAGAGGAGUCACCUGCCAGAGGACACAGAGCCCGGACUUGGAGGAAGUCAGCUAGAGACUGGUCCCUGCCUCGACAGCACUGCCCCUGUCACUCUCUCCCCAGGAUGGAGGCAACGCCAGCACCCAGCGCCAGCCCCAACCGCACCUGCCCCCCUCUGUACAAAGCCCUUGUCCCCAGGAGAUUGUAUAUAAAUCCUUUCCU